AAUGGCGUCUAUAAGAACACGAAGCUGACCUGACCUCGGCUCUGCUUUGUUUCAUAGCGUCGAUUCCCUGCAUAUCUCUGCUGCCAACAUCUGGACUAGCUGGACUAGAUCACUCUCCAGUACAUUGGAUCAUUUCUACCUGUUCUCGACUCUAAAGGUUUGCGCAAGCUCGAAGGUCUGGGCAUCCUCAACGCAAUGAAGCUCUCUACCACGCUCGUCUACCUGGCCAUCCUGGCUUCACCUACCUGGACGGCCCCGAUCGAACAGGAUGCUUCGAGCAGCCGAUCCACCAUUCUUGCUGGGCGCCAGCCCCUUACGGACAUCAACACGGGAAACCUCGUCUUGACGCCUCGGGCCAUUGAGGUCGCGCGCCCUGGCGACGUCUUCCAGCCGCCACCUGGAAGAGUGGAACGGGUAAUAAAGGAACUCGGCAAGUAUGCGUGGAACAAGCCUUACAAAAGCGUGGCCUGGGUCCUCGGCUUUCUUGGACCGCCCUUGGCGGCAGUCGGCGCGUUCACGCACGCACAUAAGAUGUCGGAGGAGCGUAAGAAGUAUCUUCGGGAACAUCAACAGCCCCACGGUCGCUCCAUCGAAGAAGAUGACGGCCUAAUUCUUUUGUCGAAGCGCAAUGUAGAUGCAGCCGGUGAGCAGGUGGCUCUGGCAAAGCGUGCUCCUCCCGUUCAGGACGGCAUCCAGCUAGGGACGCUCUUGCACACUGCCGCUCAACGGGAGAGUGAGAGUCAUGCUGCAACACAAGAAGCUGUCGAUGCGGUGGCCCUUGCUAAAAAGAAGCGUCGCCAGGACGUGUUACAUCACGCCAAAUUUGCAAGCGCGGUCGGAGCGCUUGGCGGUGGGCUUGGACUGUUCUACUAUGGAGGUGUGCAACUUGCUCAUUAUGGCAACAAAGAUUUGGAGCCCAAACAUGCCCCAUAGAAAGACCGUCCUACUCGACGCUGUCGCACAGCCAGCCCAACCGGCCACACUUGUUCCCGCACGCAGUCAGCAAGAAGCUACGAUCAAUUGACCAGCAAUCGCUCAGCGCGGCACUUCAGGCUCCACGAUAAUCUCGACCCCGCAACGUCUAAACAAGGUCC